UCUACAGAACCUCUUCCAUAUCACAACCAACAUCAAUACCAACCACCAAACCCUCUCUCCACGGACUUCAGCCUCAUAUAUCUCACAUCUCUCUAUCCUAUUUACUACUUGUAUUCGCUUUCGAGUCCUUCCUUUGCUCACCAACCUCCCAACAACUACUCGAACAUCCGUCUGGACAUUAUAUCCCGAAGGACCAGGCCACUUUUUUCCUAUUCCUGUCUUCACAACCACAGUCUCCGGGAGUGCUUUCUUGGACCCAUGUUUUGAGCCAGUUGUUGUCUUUUUCGGUCUUAACGACUGCUCCUUUUCCUAGAGCAAGUACUUGGUACUUUUGGGCUCUCCCAAUAAUGCUAUUGACGCCACCACCAUCUCCUCAACUCACGACCUGUCUUGCGCCAGAGGACAGAUUGGGGUGCGUACUAGCCGGACGAUUGGAACUUGUCUCUGUCCUUGGAAUCGGUGCUUAUGGAGUCGUUUACCAGGCCGUCGACAUCCUGACCCAUGUCCCAUUUGCGGUCAAGGCCCUGCCAAAGGUCGGAUUGGAUUCCAGACAACGACGCUUUCAACGACGAGAGAUCGCGCUGCACCACCAAGCCAGCCAACACCCCAAUGUUGUGUCUCUGGUCCGCAUUCUGGACAGCCCGGAUUGCACUUUCGUCGUGAUUGAGUUCUGUCCCGAGGGUGACUUGUUCUCCAAUAUCACCGAGCAAGGCCGGUUCGUGGGCGACGAUCAAUUGGCCAAGCAUGCCUUCUUGCAGAUUUUGGAUGCCGUCCAAUAUUGUCAUUCCAUUGGGAUCUACCAUCGCGAUCUAAAGCCGGAGAACAUCCUGGUUACCAACCAUGGAAGCACUGUCAAGUUGGCCGAUUUUGGACUCGCCACGACGGACUCCAUCACGUCCGACUUCGGAUGCGGUUCGACAUUCUACAUGUCCCCAGAGUGUCAGCAAGCUCCAACCAGGCCAUAUGCUCGUUACGCCGCUGCCCCCAACGAUGUUUGGAGCCUUGGCGUCAUUCUGGUGAACUUGACCUGUGGUCGCAAUCCUUGGAAGAAGGCCUCUCCCGAUGAUUCCACGUUCAGGGCAUUCCUAAAGGAUCCCAAGUUUUUGAGCUCGAUCUUGCCUAUCACUGCCGAGUUGAACAUGAUCUUGCGACGCAUCUUCGAGUGUGACCCACACAAGCGGAUUACCCUCCAGGAGCUCCGGGAGUUGAUCAUCAAUUGCCCCAGGUUGACCAUUAAUUCUUACAACACUCUUCCUCCUUCGCCGCCUCAGUCACCUUACCACUACGUUGAUCCAAUGGACUGCGCCAACAUGGCUCUGCCACCCUCUCCACCAGCAUCUCCGUCUCCUCAACACCCCUUCCAAACUCAUCCCUCCGAAUGGUCUCUGUUCGAACCAACUUCCAAAUCUGGUUCGUCCUGUUCCUCUGUUUCCACGGAUUCCGGUUACGAGUCCGAGGCUCCUUUUGCCGAUGCUCUGCAUCCUCCCGUUUUCAACUUCUAUGGAAAUGUUAUUCCCUUGAACGACACUGAAAAGCCAUACUAUUGUCCACCGAACUUUGUCCCAGCGGUUGCCGCUUUUUGAUCAUUGUGACCUCAAAAUUAUACGUUCGGCAGCAACCUGUUGGUGCUAUUACGAUGUCACGGUAUUACGAUCGAUCGGAGUUUUGUCUUGUUUCUUCUGGAUACCCAGGCGGUCUACGAUAUCUUUCCCACAUGACUGGAUUGGAUUGGAUUUCUGCUGGAAAACCCCCUGGCCUAAGGUUUUUCGCUUGUUGAGAGAUUGUGGAAGCAUUUGUCGGAGUCUUCUUUUAGACAGCGAGUUGUCUUUCAUGUGCGGAGGGGACGUUGUUGUUAGCGUUCGACGACUUGGUAAAAAGAAAAUGUAUGGAGAAAGUGGCGCAAAAGCGGACUUGCUAUGUCUCUCAACCCAAGUGCUGGCGAGAGGUGACAUAGGAAGUGGAGAGGCUUCUGUUGAUUUGGAAUCUGUCGAGCACAGGUAUAUUUUGUACACCUAAAAGAACACUGUUUGGCUUUCCAAGCUGUUCUUCUCGGACCAAGGAUUUUUUGCUCCUCUGGAUGAGACGGUCAUCCAGUCAUCCAAUUCUGGUUCGCGGAUCCUUCGCUGGUAUUCUGUUGUAAACAAUCAAGGAACUUUACACGGAGCAUCAUUUGACGACCGCCGUUAUGGACGUGAUUAGAAGACUUGAUCCUCGCAGACUCUGGCUGUUACUCGCUGGCAGCGAUCUUCGUGCUGCCCUCAAUGUCAACCUUGGUCACGUGAAACCCCUCUCGGCUAGCCUUCCUGAAUAGUUAUCUACCUAGGUACCUGCUCAAGGAAUGAUUUUCGAUCCC